AUGUAUUCUUUCAGCAAAAUUCAGCUGUGAUAACGAGGCAAAAAGUUAUAUAAAGGAGAAAAGUCGAGUAUUGAAUUUGGAUCGCAAAGCUUUACUGAACGGUGAAUACUCGGAGCACAUAUAAGCUAUUAUUGAAUUUAAAUAUGAAAGAACUUUGUUUGGUUUUCGUAGCAGGACUGCUGUUAGUUCUUCUUCUUUCAUGCGAAUGUGGAUCACAAAAGUGCAAGAAGAAGAUGGAGAAGUUCUCCAUUAUUCCUCAGUUUGCUGAUGAUGUGGAUUCAACCGACGUAGAGAUAACUUAUCCUCCAGAUGAAACACUGAAAUGUGGGAACAAAAUUUCUAUUGUAAAUACUGCAUUGCUACCAACAAUUAAGCACGAUGUGACUGGAAAAUGUGAAAACGUCACUGUAACCUUGUUUGGUUUCGGCCCAUUUCCUGUCUUAGGCGUUCCAUUUGCCCAUUGGUUAGUAUAUAACAUCCCAGCAUCUGCUUUAGCGAACGGUUACAGAGGAAUAGAAGGAGAUACGGAAAUUAAAUAUUUGCCUCCUCUCGCACCUAACAUCAAAAACAGGUACACAUUCUUCAUUUAUUGCCAGAAGGAGUUCAUUCAGCCCGGUAAUAAACUCCUUGCAAAUGUUGAUAGACUUAAUUACCAGCCAAAGAGUGUUGCUAAUGCUCACAAUCUCGGAAACCCAAUACUUGCGCAGUUUCUUAUUUUGGUACUCGCUAAUACAGGUCCGUUUGAAGAUCCUCUUUAAUUAUUGAAAAGUUGAAAACAGGUGCACAUUCUUCAUUUAUUGUCAGAAGGAAUACAUUCAGCUCAGUAAUAAAAUCAUUGUAAAUAUUGAUAGAAUUAAUUACCAGCCAAAGAGUGUUGCCGAAGCUCAUAAUCUCGGAAACCCAAUACUUGCGCAGUUUCUUAUUUUGGUACUCGCUAAUACAGGUCCAUUGGAAGAUGCUCUUUAAUUAUUGGAAAGAUAAUUCUAGCCAUUUCUCCGUUACUACUGCUGAAUUUGCGCAAUAAGGAAUAAAAUUAGUUAUUGAAACUAA